AUGGCCACCUCUGAGAUUGCACAAACCCUUUCCGGGACGCUGAGUCCUGAUACAAAUACUCGUAUUGCGGCUGAGCUCAGUUUGGCAGAACUUUUCACUCGUUCAGGCGCGCACUUUUUGGUACUUCUAUACAUUGCACUGCGAAAAUAUGUUCGGGAAAGGUGGUCACCUUAUUUCCAAACAUUCAAAGGCUCGGCGCCUAAUGUAGAGAUUAAAUCACAAAUCCGAGAAGCUGUCUUCCGCGGACUCUCAGAUCAAGAUCGAAAGAUACGAAGCCUAUCUGCACAUACCCUCUCUUCUAUUGCAAACUGUGAUUGGCCCGAUGAAUAUCCAGAGCUAUUGACAUCAUUAAUUGGUCUUCUGUCAUCGGGUUCCGCUGAUUCCGUACAUGGCGCUAUGCAAGUUUUGACCGAGUUCAUCAAGUCGGAUCUGACAGAAGAUCAAAUUCUCCCAGUUCUUCGUCAACUUCUUCCUGUUUUGCUUGGUAUAUUAGGAGCAUCGGAGGCUCAUUCAGCACUAACCAGGGCAAGGACAGUAUCCGUUUUCCGUCAAUGCGUCACAGCCCUGUUCAUGGUGAAAGAUCAACACCCGCAAUCGGUCAAAGAGGCUGUUGCAUCUGUUCUACCUAUUUGGUUAGAGGCCUUCAAGGUUCUGCUUAACAUCGAUCCUCUCCAUGAUAUUGCCAACAACUCUACUUGGGACGGUCUAGCAGUAAGAAUACAAGUAUUCAAGACUCUGGACACAUUGCACACCUCUUUCCCAAGGGCUCUUGUCCCUCACCUAUCUGAUUUCUUAAAUGCAUCGCUAAACAAUCUCCGUUCCCUGUACCCGACCUUCUCGACUUACUACCUGGCGGCGGCUGAAUCCGUCCCUAAUUCUUCGGAAGAUGAACCCAUUGAACUCCCUCAACUGUUGUGUCCAAUCAUCGACUUCCUCGCUGCAGUAAUUAGAGGUGGAAAAGGAAAGGAUUGGAUUGUCGACGAAAAUGUUGCAGCUGUUGUCUCCUCAGUGUUCGCCUUUGUCCAAAUGACAGAUGACGACGUGGAGACAUGGACCAAUAACGCCAAUGACUUUGUUGCUCAAGAAGAAGACGAAACACAGGCAUACAGUGUCAGAGUAGCUGGGUUUGACCUGCUUGGGGCAUUAAUUGAACGCACAGCAUUACAAACUACAAAAUCGAUACAACUCAGCCUAGAACAGGUUAUACGAACUUCAGAACAGGCUCACAAUUCAGGUGACAGUGACUGGUGGAGGCCUCUUGAAGCGGCGCUCGCUGCAGUUGGGUCGCAGGCCGAGUCUGUUCUAGAUUGUAUUGAAGACGAACAAGAAUCAGGAAAUCCUAAGCCCAUUGACAUUGAUUACCUUCUCGCGAACGUGAUUCCUCCAGUUCUCAGCCAGCCUGAUUUCCCAUUCCUACAGGGCCGAGGUUUUGUAUUUGCCAGUAAAUAUGCGAAACUUUUACCCCUCCAGUCCGCUGGACAUUAUCUGGAAGCUGCCAUUCAAGUACUGGAAUCGGCGGACUCUGGCGUCCCUGUCAAAAUCUCAGCAGUAAAAGCAGUACACAACUUCUGUCAAGACGGAGAAGACUCUGCCUUUAUCGUUUUCGCGCCGCGGAUCGCGCGAGACCUGGGCCCAUUCUUAUUGAUCGCUUCAGAAGAUACAUUGUCAUUGAUCCUUGAAACAUUAUCAGUGGUCAUUGAAAUUGAUCAAGGGAAAUGGCUAACUCCAGACCUCACAGAAUAUUUGAUCUCUGCAUCUCUAGAAGUGUGGAGUAAAAAUACGAAAGAUCCCAUCUUUAUAUCGAUACUGACUGAUAUCAUGGGAAGUUUGGCAUCGUCUCCAGCGCCAGGUAUCUACGAAACUUCUGUAAAGCAGGCCUUGCCAAUCCUAAGCGCGUCCAUAUCGACCGCGAAGAAAGAGGAAUCCUGGGUCGCAAGUACUGCCAUCGAUCUCGUGAGCAGCCUAGUAAAAGGUGCCCCUAACAAUGGGCUUGGAGACGGCUUUUUCAAUUUACUUGGUCCAAGUUUGUUUGCUUGCUUAAACCUUGCUGAGGAUCGCGAUGUUCUACAAGUUGAUUGCAAUCAGUUGCUUUCCUGGAAAGAUGAUAACGGGAGGAAUGGCCUUGACUACGUUCUUUCUCUCGUAGCGCAAAUCUUACAGAGCCAGGAUGAAUCGGGUGGAUUACAAAUAGGCGAUUUGAUUAUUCAUCUCUUGCGAAGAGCAGGCGAGGCUGUCCUCCCUGUUCUUCCUCAACUCCUGCAAGCAAUGAUUUUACGUAUGACCAGUGCUAAAACUGCUACCUUCUUGCAGAGCCUUGUAAUUCCGUUCGCCUUCCUGAUCAACAACCAACGUGACACUGUCCUUUCCCUCUUGGAGUCCAUGAAUAUCGAUAAUCGCUCGGCUUUAGAUAUAUUGAUACAAACUUGGUGCGAAAAUGCCGAGACCUUCCAGGGCUUUUGGCCUUCCCGUGUUAGCACACUUGCGUUAACACAGCUAUUCACUGCGCAACGCCCGAGCUUGCAGAACCUAACUGUCAAAGGAAAUAUUAUCAUUAAGCCUGAGACCAAGAAUACCAUUAUGACUCGCUCGCGGACGAAGACGACUCCUCACGAAUUCACCGCCAUCUCUUUCCCGGCAAAGGCGCUUAAAAUCAUUCUCCAUGAUAUUCAAUCGGGCGGAGAAUCAGCGACCCUGACUGCUCAAGGAGGGACAUUUGAUGUGGACUCUGAUGAUGGAGACGAAGACUGGACUGAAGAAGAAACACAUCAAGGCUUCAAACAAGACGAAUUUGCAAUGCUCUCCGACAUGCUAGGACCAAAGGGUAUGGCUUUUGACAACGAUGAGAUCCUGGAUGACAACGACGAUGAGGACUUGAAAAACGACCCUGUCUCACAAAUGGAUAUGCAGGCACAUUUAUUGUCUUUUAUCCGAGAGUCGGCGGCACACAAUUACAACAACUUUGCUUCUCUUGUGGACCAAUUAUCUCCCGAAGAAAUGCUCGUUGUGCGCCGCAUUGUAAACGCCAACUUUGAACCUCAACAAAUCUUCGAGGUCUCCUUCCAAUAUGGCUACUUCAAAAAAGUCAGCCUCACAGUCGAAGACGAGGUCGUCGACCUCGUCUUCCAAUGUCUCCUUAGCUAA